UAUACGUUUUCCGCAUACCAUUUAUUUACAGCGAAUCUCAGAAUGAUUUAUCUAAACGACAAUUACCUCACUCAACUACCAGAAGAUUUAGGAAAACUCUCUAAUUUGAGCGUGUUGGUGAUUAGAAACAACGCUAUAAGCAUGCUUCCAUCUUCCAUUGGUGCUUGUAAUCGCCUUGCAGAGCUCUUAAUCCAGAACUGCGCUAUUCAACUGCUCCCCCCCGAGCUCGGCAAUCUGGCAUUCCACUACGAAGGGAAAGUUCUAAAGAUGGCCGGGAAUCCUUUUCACAGCUCUCUAGAGGAGGAGGCUUCCAAAGGAAUCCAGACUUUGAUGGAGUAUUUAAACUCUGGAAGCUACUUGGCACUUUGGGAAAUCAGGAAAAAAAUCCCGGUUUCCUCUGAGGGAGCUGCAAAAGUGAAAAAAGCCGAAAAAAAAAGGAAAAAGCUUGAUAAGCAACAGAAAUAA